AUGUCUAUCCAAGAGUGGAUUCAACGGGUCGACUUUUACCGUUUCGGUAAAGGUGCGGCUUUGUUGGUCCUGCUGGCCUUUUACUCCCCUGUGAUGCUGAUGGUGUUAUCCCCCACGUAUGGUGCCCUGCCCGCGCAUAUCUUCCAUGUCUACGGCCUGGGCGUUUUCGCAGCAGCGGGAUGGUUCUCGAAAGACCAAGUUCAGAUGCGUUUCGGCCGUGUCGCCGCGUACAUGCUUCCUGUCCUUGCUUUCUGGACGCCUACUUUGCAGUACUUUGUGAUGCAGCAGAGUUCUAAGCUGGGAAACCCCCUUGGACCUGUCAUCACAGAGCUGUUCGGUUACUACCCGCUGGCAUUUCUGACUGUUGCUAUUGCGGGUAAGCAGAUCCAGUACUCCCUGCACCUUGAGGGCAUGGGUGAUGUUGCGACGGAGCAUGUACCCCUUUUGGGCUCAUACUUUAUCUAUUCCGCCGGCGAGCAUUUCGCUAAGGCUGUCUUAUCUCGGUUCAUCGGUUUCACUAUCUUCUUCUCCCGUGCUGGUCUGCAAUUCGUCAUUGCGGUCUUGUACGCUGCAGUCAUCCCCUCUAAGAUGCUCCUUCUUGCCAUCCCGUCUGUGCUCUUCUCGAUCACAUCCGAUGUCCACUUCGGUGGUAUUAGUGGCGUUAACUCUGCCAUUCAGAGUGAGGGUUACUCUCUCCUGGCCCGCCAGGAGUCUUACACUGGCUACAUUUCUGUUCUAGAGAACCAUCACGACGGAUUCCGGGUGAUGCGUUGUGACCAUAGCCUCCUUGGUGGACAGUGGACCAAGACAACCCCCGGCUACAAUCCUGAGGUCGAAGAUCCUAUCUAUGCUGUUUUCACCAUGCUUGAAUCUGUGCGUCUGGUCGAGACUAUUCACGGCAGCCAUCGUGUGGACGCGGACAGCAAGGCUCUGGUCAUUGGUCUUGGGGUUGGAACCACACCUGCCGCAUUGAUGAAGCACGGCAUUGACACUACCAUUGUCGAGCUGGAUCCGGUUGUGGUUAAGUUUGCCGAGCAGUACUUCAACUUCCCAUCCAACCAUGCGGCCACCGUCGAUGAUGCGACCAAUUUCGUGAAGAAGGCGAUGAAGAAUCCGGCUGCUCACCAAUAUGAUUAUAUCAUCCACGAUGUUUUCACCGGCGGGGCUGAGCCCGCCGAGCUUUUCACCGUUGAUUUCCUCCACGAUCUGAAGACCCUGCUCAAGGAUGACGGUGUCAUUGCCAUCAAUUAUGCUGGUGAUCUUGACCUCUACCUACCGUCCGAAGCGAAGCCCGACGAUGAGAAUGCCAACUUCACCAACAUGGUUAUUUUCUGCACGAAGAGAAGCACAGGCACCCCGCUUCGAUUCAGGACUCCUGAGCAAGGUGAUUUCCUGGGCAGCAAUUCCCGCAAGAAUUACCUUCUCCCGAAGUAUGAGCUUGACCCUGCCAUGUUCGACUCCAUUCCCAAGGGCGGAAGACGUCUCCUUGUCGACAAGGAAGUCAAGAGACUGUACAAGUACCAGGAUCGCGGGGCCUUGGAGCAUUGGUCAAUCAUGAGGCAGGUCAUCCCCGCCGCUGUUUGGGAAAACUGGUGA